AGCGGCCUGCAGCAGAGGGCGGGAUGGAGCUGAGUCCCUCCCCGCCCCUCACUGACCCUCCACUCGGACACACUCAGCGAGCAACAAGCUGCACUCUCUCUCUCUCUCUCUCUCUCUCUCUCACACACCCUGUGGAAUAGAAAAGAAGACAUUUUAACAUUUGAAUCCUCGAGGAGUUUCUGCUUUUGGGCAGGAAAGAUGGGGAGCAUGUAUAAGGAUGAGCAGGAUGACUGGGUGACAGUCUGUCUCAAGUACCUUCUCUUCAUCUUCAACUUCCUGUUCUGGAUGGGUGGAGGGGUCGUGAUGGGGGUGGGGAUCUGGACUCUGAUUGAUAAAGGAGAUUACUUGAGCCUGCUGGCCUCCAGCACAUUCGCCGUGUCGGCCUAUAUCCUCCUCCUGGCUGGUGGCCUGGUCAUGGUCACGGGUUUCCUGGGCUGCUGUGCCGUCAUCCGUGAGCAGAGGAGCCUCCUUUCUACAUACUUCUCCUGUUUGCUGGUGAUAUUCCUGAUUGAACUUGUUGCUGGAGUUCUAGCAUAUGUGUAUUAUCAAAGGUUGAGUGAGGAGCUGAAGCAGCACCUGAGUAAGACCAUGACGGAGAACUACGCUCAGCCAGGGAAGGAGGGCAUCACUCAGGCCGUGAACCGACUGCAGCAGGAUUUUAAGUGCUGUGGAAGCAACAACUCCGAUGAUUGGCUGCACAGUAUGUACGUCAUGUCCUCCGAGGCUCAAAACAGGGUGGUUCCUGACAGCUGCUGCAAGACUGUGACCCAUCAGUGUGGCCAGAGAGACCACCCUUCCAACAUCUAUAAAGUGGAGGGUGGCUGUAUUACUAAGCUGGAACAGUUCCUGGCUGACCACCUGCUCAUCAUCGGCGCUGUGGGGAUCGGUGUGGCCUGUCUACAGUUAGCAGGAGCAUUGUUGACUGCCUGCUUUAUUUAUCUGCUUUAUAAAGAAGAGGAAGAAGACUUCUCUGAUGUUUGAAUGAACUGUCCUGCUAUUUGGCUCCUCAACAGCCAAGCGGGCGGAAGAUCUGUGGGAUGGUGUUUACUUGUUGCUUGCACAGACGGAUAAAGCUCGACCCGUACUGACCGAUCAGCAGGAGCUCUACGGGUCGCCACAACCGCUUGCUACCAGUUCACACACUUGGUUUUUCUUUCCUCCUUUUCUUUUCCUAAACUGCUUGAAUGUGUUCUCCCUCCAGUAUAGUCUUACAUGAAUACGACAUUCCUUCUUUUAAUAUAUUUAUUUCCAAGGGUCUUGCCUCUGUAAUGUAGACGUCUCACAAGAAUGUAAUGCAGUUAAACGCUGCUAUCCGGGUUACACACAAAAGAGGCUUUUUAUAAUGUUACAGAAAAAAAAAAACCUUUGAAAAAAAAAAGAAGACAAGGUAGAAAUCUAUUUUUCCCCUCUGUGAGCACUGCGUAUGUUUGUUUAACUCUAUAUAAGUCAUAUAAAGGUCAUGUGAUAGUCAGAGGUUUGCAUUUUUACAUGAACUAUGGAUGAUCGAUAUAUAUGUAAUAGUAUUCAGUAUGUUCUGCUAACAUAAUGUACACUGAGGGCCUUGAAAAAAAAAAACUACUAAGAAGCUAAAAAUAACAGGGAUUUCUGGACUAUAUCGCACUCUAUAAGCACCCAACGGUGCCUUGUAUAAGAAUUUUUCUUCAUUUUGUAGUGUUACAACCUAGCGUGAACCUGAAAUUGACUUAUUUGGGAUUAUUACCAUUUAAUUUAUCCAUCAUGCCUAAGGUUAAAUUUAAAAAAAAAAAAAAAGCAGCAAAGAUUUAUUAGUUGCAUAAAUAAAUAUUCACCCCCUGAGUCAGUACUAGCUCAAGCCACCUUUGGCUGCAAGUCUUCUGGAAUAUGUCUCUGUCAGCUUUGCACAUCUGGAUCCUGGUAUCUUUGCUCAUUCUUCUUGGAAAAAAAAAUAUGAAAAUGAAUGCUGACCAGACAUUUUUAAUCCUUGCCACAGAUUCUCUAUCAGAUAGAGGUCUGGGCUUUGACUUAUUCAUUUGAACACAUUCAGGUUCUUGUUGUUUGAACCACUUUACAGUAUGUUUAAGGUUGUUGUAGAGUUGGAACCUUUAUCCUACUCUGAAGGAUCUCUUCUAGGAUUGCCCUGUAUUAUUAUGCCCUCCAUCCACCUUGCUUUCAGCCCUGAACAGUUUUCCAAUCCUUGUAUGUGAAACAAUAUGCUUCCACCACCAUGCUUCACACUGCAAAAAAUGAUCUCUUGUUGAGAGAAAAUAUCUUUAA